AUGAAAAGUUUGAUAUAGCCUUUGUGAACUAAUAUUUCUUGCUCUGUUUCUUUGCUCUCUCUGUGUUGUACAGGUAGUGAGCUACUGUAUCGCACACGUGAGGGGGAUGUUGUCAGGUUCAACUUGGAGACAUACGAGAGGACAGUAUUGGUGCACAACAAAAUGUUUGUGAGUCUCCAACUUUCUCUUUUUUUCCACAGUAGAUACAUCACUAUAGGCCAAAUAACAGAAUGUGGUUUUUGCAUGAAUUUAAUUAAAACUGUUCUUUUUUGUGUCAUCAUAUCAAAGCACCCAAAGCUCUUUUAUUGUGACGCGUACUGAAACGAUCCAUCAUUAGCACAUCGUUUGAUCUGGCUCGUUAACAUUUGGGUUUGCUACGCAUCGACUGUUUCUGACGAAAAUGCAACGUCAGUGUCGAAACGGCCGAGGUGACGACACACAGUAUGUUUGUCCCUCCGAAAUCAGAAAGGGCCGCGACAAGAUUAAUGCGUCUCCCGCCCGCGCCGAGCAAUCCGUCAAAUGCAGUCAUUUAAGGAUUGCCUUAAAGAAAAAACACUACGCAUGGUUAAAGGUCUCAUCUUCUGUCGUUUUUCUUUCUCUCUCUCUGCUUUUCAGGAAAUGUACAAAGCCAGCAAGUAUGAAGUGUCUCCUGACAUGAAGCAUGUGCUGCUCGCUUACAAUGUGGCACCGGUGAGCUCCUUCAUUUGUUUGCUUGUUUUUUGAAUUAGCAGAAUGACAGGCACAUACUUCAGCGGGCUCUGAGGGGAAACGUGGCGAGGCGGUGGGGGAGAAAAGUAAUCAUGGCGCCCGAGUAGAGGCCUGUCGCACCCUGCUGCCUCUCAGCCACGGUAGAGAGAAAACAGCUGAGUGGAACUGUGCUCUUCAGGGAGGGGCCAAAACACAAACAAACCCCAUAACACAGCUGAGAGAGGGGGAUGAGAAAGGGAUGGAGGGAAUGGGAAAGCAAAGGGAGGGAACGAGGCGAGCAGGAGAGUAGAGAGAUUUGGGGUAGUAAGAGUGUGAGAGAGGGAGGGAGGGAAUGAAAGGAAAAAGAGAGGGAUGGGAGGUUUUUCUACAACAGUUACUGCAUUAUGUAAUGGCUCAGGUAGCUAACUCAACUGGAAGACUACUGCAAUGUGAGAUCCAGGACACAGUCUGAAAAAGAAUCAGUGAUAUAUGUCAGGGAAUAGAAUCCCAUUGGCCCAGAGAGACACAGAGUGUAGACACUGUUAGAGUAGGGAGGAAAAGGUGUAGACCUGGGCUAAUCUUGCCAUAUACAGUACCAGUCAAAAGUUUGGACACACCUACUCAUUCCAGGGUUUUUCUUUAUUUGUACUAUUUUCUACAUUGUAGAAUAAUAGUGAAGACAUCAAAACUAUGAAAUAACACAUAUGGAAUCAUGUAGUAAACAAAAAAGUGUUAAACAAAUCAAAAUAUAUUUUAUAUUUGAGAUUCUUCAAAAAGCCACCUUUUGCCUUGAUGACAGCUUUGCACACUCUUGGCAUUCUCUCAACCAGAUUCAUGAGGUAGUCACCUGGAAUGCAUUUCAAUUAACAGGUGUGCCUUCUUAAAAGUUAAUUUGUGGAAUUGUUUUCCUUCUUAAUGCGUUUGAGCCAAUCAGUUGUGUUGUGACAAGGUAGGGGUGGUAUACAGAAGAUAUCCCUAUUUGGUAAAAGAACAAGUCAAUAUUAUGGCAAGUCAGCUCAAAUAAGCAAAGAGAAACAACAGUCCAUCAUUACUUUAAGACAUGAAGGUCAGUCAAUAGGGAACAUUUCAAGAACUUUGAAGGUUUCUUCAAGUGCAAUUGCAAAAACCAUCAAGCGCUAUGAUGAAACUGGCUCUCAUGAGGACCACCACAGGAAUGGAAGACCCAGAGUUACCUCUGCUGCAGAGGAUACGUUCAUUAGAGUUACCAGCCUCAGAAAUUGCAGCCCAAAUAAAUGCUUCACUAAGUUCAAGUAACAGACACAUCUCAACAUCAACUGUUCAGAGGGGACUGUGUGAAUCAAGCCUUCAUGGUCGAAUUGAUGCAGAGAAACCACUACUAAAGGACACCAAUAAGAAGAAGAGACCUGCUUGGACCAAGAAACAUGAGCAAUGGACAUUAGACCGGUGGAAAUUUGUCCUUUGGUCUGAUGAGUCCAAAUCAGAGAUUUUUGGUUCAAACCGCCGUGUCUUUGUGAGACGCGGUGUGGGUGAACAGAUGAUCUCCACAUGGAAAAGGUGGAGAUCAUCCUUUUCCUGCCGGGGCGGCAGGUAGCUUAGUGGUUAAGAGCGUUGUGCCAGUAACCGAAAGGUCGCUGGUUCUAAUCCCCGAGCCGACUAGGUGAAAAAUAUGGCCUUGAGCAAGGCACUUAAUCCUAAUUGCUCUUGUAAGUCGCUCUGGAUAAGAGCGUCUGCUAAAUGACUAAAAAUGUUUUUUUUAAUGUAAAUGUAUUUCCAACCGUGAAGCAUGGAGGAGGAGGUGUUAUGGUGUGGGGGUGCUUUUCUGGUGACACUGUCUGUGAUUUAUUUAGAAUUCAAGGCACACUUAACCAGCAUGGCUACCACAGCAUUCUGCAGAGAUACGCCAUUCCAUCUGGUUUGGGCUUAGUGGGACUAUCAUUUGUUUUUCAACAGGACAAUUACCCAACACACCUCAAGGCUGUGUAAGGGCUAUUUUGCCAAGAAGGAGAGUGAUGGAGUGCUGCAUCAGAUGACCUGGCUUCCACAAUCCCCCGACCUCAACCCAAUUGAGAUGGUUUGGGAUGAGUCGGACCGCAGAGUGAAGGAAAAGCAGCCAACAAGUGCUCAGCAUAUGUGGGAACUCCUUCGAGACUGUUGGAAAAGCUUUCCAGGUGAAGCUGGUUGAGAGAAUGCCAAGAGUGUGCAAAGCUGUCAAGGCAAAGGGUGGCUAUUUGAAGAAUCUCAAAUAUAAAAUAUAUUUUGAUUUGUUUAACACUGUUUUGGUUACUACAUGAUUCCAUAUGUAUUAUUUCAUAGUUUUGAUGUCUUCACUAUUAUUUUACAAUGUAAAAAAAUAGUUAAAAGAAAGAGAAACCCUUGAAUGAGUAGGUGUGUCCAAACUUUUGACUGGUAGUGUAUAUCAGGAACAGUGUGGUAUCAGGAACAGUGUGGUAUCAGGAACAGUGAAGUGUCACCGAAGGUGCAUGACUGACAAAGUGUAAUGGCACAACAGGGAGGCACUGAUGCAAGUGUGUGUGUUAGACAGGGCAUUUGUAAUUUCAUAAUCAUCCCUCCAUAGCCCUGGUAGAUGACAGCUCCGUCCCCCAGCUGUCAUUGCACGGACGCGCACUCUCUCAAUACAUCAUGCUGCUGCUUGCCCUUCACAUAGGCCCCCACUCUCUCUCUCGCGCUCUCUCUCUCUCUCUCUCUUUCUCUAUCUUUCUCGCUAUUCAAUCCCUCUCUUUCUCUCCCCCAACUCUGAGGGGGGUAUUCAGAAGGACCACUGUAACAAGUGGCCCAUACUUAUCUCCUGCUACAUUAAGAAGCAUUCUACAUGUCAUCUCUCAGUCCAGGGCCUGCUAGUAGAAUGCAGUGCAGACAUGAUUCCCUCUGGGGCCAUCCAUACGAAAAAUGUCUGCAUGUAUGACUGACGAAGUCUCUUUGGAUAAAAGGGUCUGCUAAAGGGCAUAUAUUAUAUUAUGAUCACUGCAUUUGUGCCCUGGACUUAAAUUUGACCAAAUACAGAAUGACUUUGUAGACCAAAUACAGAAUGACUUUGUAGUAUAAGGUAUAACCUCCCAACCAUAUGCAUAUACAUUCUGAUGAUAGUUAGCUACUAAAACAUGUUUCAAUGGCCAAGUUCCUCAUGAUAGUCUUCAAUCAUUCGUCUUCCAGGUGUACCAGCACUCGUUCACUGCCUUCUACAUCAUCUGCAGCCUGGAGACUCCGUAAGUAGCUGAAACCAACCAAUGCUUCCCCUCCUCUCCCCUCCCUUCUCCUCUACUCUCUUCGGCCCAGUCAGUCAAGUCUCUGCGCUGCCACCCAGUGAAGACGAGGAGAACUGCAGGCCAGGGGACUUGAUGACCUCAUCCAUCCUCCCCUCCAGACUAAGACAAAGGGCCAGUGACACCUCUAAUUUUCUGUCCUGCAGCACACAGCACUUUUCUAAAUGAACAGAAAGUGGCAGCGAUAUAUAAAGCACCAGUAUUUAUAGGUGCUCUUAAACCUCUUGGGCUAUACGACACUGGUAUAUCUGGGCAGGAGCAGUGCAGGCUGCUGGUGUGGUGCAGUGGAGUUUUUUAUAGUGCUGUGUUUUGUUGAGGAUCCACUAAGUAAGAUGUUAUUUUUAAAGAAGGUGCUCAGUCAUUUAUUGAGGGGCAGUUAAAGUUGUGUGUUGUUGUGUAGUGUGGGUGUGUGUAGUCUGAUUGUGGUCUCUCCUCUGUGCUGCAGGGAGACGUGGAACCUGAACCCUCCAGAGGUGCGGAACGCCCAGCUGCAGUACGCAGGCUGGGGACCCACGGGCCAGCAGCUGGUAAUACUACAACUCCCAGCAGCACCAUCUCUGUCUCACCCAUACUCCAUACCCAUAUGUCACUGCUAUUUGGCAAACCAUGUCUGGUUAUAAUGUAUUUCUAAACUGAGAGUACAAUAUGAAUGCACUGUAUCAAUGACCUUUCCUAUGGCCAUGUAUGUUUGUUAAACUAUCACAAGCUACCAGGCAGUCUAGCCACAGAGAGAACAUUAAUAAGCAUCACUCUAAUGGUUCUCAGAACAGACAGACUGUGAGUGAUUACAUCCUCCAGCACAAUGCAAUUAAUUACCUGUAAUCUCCUCAGCGGAUUAAUUAGUGAAGUCACUGGAUUGAUAUCACACACUCUCUCCCAGUAUUAAUCAUCAAACACCCCUGAUUCCAACAGUCACUUUCAUUUGCUUGACCUCUGAGCUGUGAUGCUUGUUGUCAAUGAUAAGAUGCAUGGGCGGGAGAGGAAGGUGUCAGCCAACGUGCGUUCACAUAUACACGCAUGCGUGCACACACACACACACACACACACACACACACUAACAUCAGCCCCUCCCCUCUUGAUCCUCUCUUUAAUUUCUCAAGCCCCUCCCCUCUUGAUCCUCUCUUUAAUUUCUCAAGCCCCUCCCCUCUUGAUCAUCUCUUUAAUUUCUCAAGCCCCUCCCCUCUUGAUCCUCUCUUUAACACACACAAACACAAACACACACAGCUGUCUUGUCCCAUGUUGCAGAGCAGUGGAAUUGGGUUAAAUACACAGUGUCCUUUGAUUCACCAGAGGAUGGGCAGCUGUGUCUGUGUGGAUGAACAGUAAGUGGUCCUCUUCCUUUAAAUUGGAGUUGAAUCCCCCACUGAGACGCUGAGCUUUGCUUGCUCUCUACCUUCCUCCUGCUCUCCCUCGCUCUUUCUCCCCCUCCUUUGCCCUACGUUUCUCUCUUUGUGAGGCUAAUCUCCAGAGUUGUCAACCAGCCCACGAUAUGACCACACAUCUCCCCAGACUCUGUGUGUUUACAGUGGGGGGAAAAAGUAUUUAGUCAGCCACCAAUUGUGCAAGUUCUCCCACUUAAAAAGAUGAGAGAGGCCUGUAAUUUUCAUCAUAGGUACACGUCAACUAUGACAGACAAAAUGAGAAAAGAAAAUCCAGAAAAUCACAUUGUAGGAUUUUUAAUGAAUUUAUUUGCAAAUUAUGGUGGAAAAUAAGUAUUUGGUCAAUAACAAAAGUUUCUCAAUACUUUGUUAUAUACCCUUUGUUGGCAAUGACACAGGUCAAACGUUUUCUGUAAGUCUUCACAAGGUUUUCACACACUGUUGCUGGUAUUUUGGCCCAUUCCUCCAUGCAGAUCUCCUCUAGAGCAGUGAUGUUUUGAGGCUGUCGCUGGGCAACACAGACUUUCAACUCCCUCCAAAGAUUUUCUAUGGGGUUGAGAUCUGGAGACUGGCUAGGCCACUCCAGGACCUUGAAAUGCUUCUUACGAAGCCACUCCUUCGUUGCCCGGGCGGUGUGUUUGGGAUCAUUGUCAUGCUGAAAGACCCAGCCACGUUUCAUCUUCAAUGCCCUUGCUGAUGGAAGGAGGUUUUCACUCAAAAUCUCACGAUACAUGGCCCCAUUCAUUCUUUCCUUUACACGGAUCAGUCGUCCUGGUCCCUUUGCAGAAAAACAGCCCCAAAGCAUGAUGUUUCCACCCCCAUGCUUCACAGUAGGUAUGGUGUUCUUUGGAUGCAACUCAGCAUUCUUUGUCCUCCAAACACGACGAGUUGAGUUUUUACCAAAAAGUUAUAUUUUGGUUUCAUCUGACCAUAUGACAUUCUCCUAAUCCUCUUCUGGAUCCUCCAAAUGCACUCUAGCAAACUUCAGAUGGGCCUGGACAUGUACUGGCUUAAGCAGGGGGACACGUCUGGCACUGCAGGAUUUGAGUCCCUGGCGGCGUAGUGUGUUACUGAUGGUAGGCUUUGUUACUUUGGUCCCAGCUCUCUGCAGGUCAUUCACUAGGUCCCCCCGUGUGGUUCUGGGAUUUUUGCUCACCGUUCUUGUGAUCAUUUUGACCCCACGGGGUGAGAUCUUGCGUGGAGCCCCAGAUCGAGGGAGAUUAUCAGUGGUCUUGUAUGUCUUCCAUUUCCUAAUAAUUGCUCCCACAGUUGAUUUCUUCAAACCAAGCUGCUUACCUAUUGCAGAUUCAGUCUUCCCAGCCUGGUGCAGGUCUACAAUUUUGUUUCUGGUGUCCUUUGACAGCUCUUUGGUCUUGGCCAUACUGGAGUUUGGAGUGUGACUGUUUGAGGUUGUGGACAGGUGUCUUUUAUACUGAUAACAAGUUCAAACAGGUGCCAUUAAUACAGGUAACGAGUGGAGGACAGAGGAGCCUCUUAAAGAAGAAGUUACAGGUCUGUGAGAGCCAGAAAUCUUGCUUGUUUGUAGGUGACCAAAUACUAUUUUUCCAUUUUUUGCAAAUAUGCCUAAAUCUUGUUAGUAUCAUCAAUUUUGUCAAGUUAGAGCUGUAACUAUGUAAAUCAGGCUUUUGUCAUCUUUAAAUGAGACAAUGCACAAGUAUAAUGUUGACUAAUGACUUAAGAUGACACUUACACUGUAAGCAGUUAGGCUGGGCCCUAGGAAACACGUUCACAUUUGGUUCCUACCGUCAGAACCCUUGGUCAGUUCAUUCGUUCAAACACACUAUCACAUGUGUCACAACGAUUAUAUAUAGAUUAAUCAUCUUUGCUUCUAUUCAACCACAAGUGUAUUAGCUUCUAGAAUUGUUUCUAAUCAAACAAUUGCACAUUUGGUUUAAAUGCCAGUUGGUUAUCUAUACGGCUAGACCACUAGUUGCAGUGUGGAAAUGAUCAAAUGAGCACAAAUAAGCAAGCAGCUGAAAUGGUGAAUUCGGUAUGGCAAGUUAUGAAAUUUAUACAUGAAGUAACUAAGAACAUAUAACUGUAGCCAAAGAUUAUAGGGUCCCCUAGGAAACACUUUUCAACACUUUGGUUCCUACCCUGUCAGAACUCCUCCCUGGCAUUUUCAUUCGUUGUCAUGUCAAACAACACUGUAUUCAAAGUGCCCACUAUUAUAUUAUAACUAUAGAAUUAGAAUAAUCAUUCUAUUUCCAUGAUUCCAACUGUUCACCAAAGUGUUUUGCUCUGAAUUACAAGUCAAAUCACAAUUGCAACAUUUGGUUAAAAAUAAGGCCUAGAUUGUUUUCCCAUAUCGUGCAGCCCUACGUGGCAGUGUGGAAAUGAUCUCAAAUGAGUACAAGAAAUGCAGAGAUGUAGCAAAAUGCUGAAUUUCUUGGGGGUUGAAGUUGAAUUAAACAGUAUAAAACGAUCGGAAUGGAAACAGACCCAUUGAUAUCACUUAGAAUGUAUGUGUUGCCACCGUAGGGUCACGCACUACUCAUGAAGCAAAUGUAGAACAUUUAUUAUUCAAAAACAUAAAAUACCGUCAUACCGUCCAAUUGUUUUCUAACACCGUGAUAUGAUAUUUUGGCCAUAUCACUCAGCCCUAAUGGGAGGUAGCUUGGGCAGUGUUUCUACCUCCUUCAGAAGUGGGCCAAGCUCACCGUGUUAUUCUCUGCCCUGGCCUAGAUCCUGUUGUAAAACUGGGCCCUCAGUCCAUCUGCACAGAGGUGAACUCAAACACACCUGUGUUCCCCUGGCCUACCUAGCCACACGAGCUGUCGUAGGAACCUGGUUAUACCUGCAAUGGCCGUUGUGAUGCUAUUGCUUUGUCUUAACUGCUGCAAGGAAAGGGAACAUACCCUAUCAUCCCUGAGGAGAGGUCAACUAUUGUUGAAGUAUUUAUUUAUUUAAAAUAUCUUUCUGACUGUGUUUACAUAGCAUGAUUCAGUCCAUGUCAGUAACAGAAAGAUUCCACGUGAACCAACGGUAAGCUCAAGGCCAAAGUUAUUGAACUAUCCUUAUACAGUGGAUUGAUUUCAACAUAAGCCCUACGAGCUCUGCAACAGAAACCGACCUGCUAAGAGCCUUUAAUAACAUGAGCAUUAUGUUUGAUCAUCAAUGAUUUGAUAUGGCAGAUAGAGGUUUUAAAUGUUUUUAGUGGGUAGAGAAUCUGUAAUGUGUGAAGAGGAACUAUAAUGCUCUGUAAUGAUGAAGCUGACCUUGAACUACCCAGCAGGUAGUGUAUGCUACUACUAACAGUGGACAAAGAGGAGGGCAAUACUGUAGCCCAGUAAAGGAUCAUUCUGCAAUUAGGACUUGUAUUGAUAUGCAAUAUUGGUGUUCAAUGUGGUGAGGUAAAGGAUUCAUUAUGCAGUACAUUCUUUCUCCAUUCUUGUUCACCUUCUUGCUUUCUCUCUCUUGAUCUCCUUCUUUCUCUCUCCUUUCUCUCUUUCUCUCUCCUGAGCCAGAGUUAUCAAUCAAUACUUAGACAUACAGUACUAUGGAGACAAUAUUACGUCCGUGACAUGAUGAAAGUAUAAUCCAAUAACGAGGAGGCAGCAGGGUAAGUUGAGGCUAUUUACUAGAUUGUGCAGGUAGCAAAUAUGACUGCCAUGUCGGCAGGUGACUGUGAACUUCAACACACGCAAUAUCUUUUUUUGAUUGUAUUCAACAAGGCCUGCUAUAUCGUGCCUUGCCAAACAAGCCAACAGCUGGUAGUAACAAAAACAGAGGCAGGCCCCCUUCAAACCUAUCAGUUGGCCAACAUUGCUGCAAAAUGUUUACAAUUCAAGUAUUGCAGUGAAUAGGAGAGGAUCUAAAAUAUCGAUAGAAACUUUUUGAGCUCAAAUUCCUCAUCUGAUUAAAGCAUCCUUCCGUCAACCUACAGGUCAAGUUUAGUCAUGCAGAACACACGUAGGCUACAUCCUGUAUCAUUGGCUAUUCAACAUCCUUCGUCCCUUCCAUAUUGAUCACCUCAGUUUUUUCAUCACUUUUUCUCUCAUCUCCCUCUUCCCUUAGAUUUUUAUUUUUGAGAAUAACAUCUACUACCGUUCAACGGUGGAGAGCCGAUCAAUCCGCCUGGUCUCCACCGGCAAGGAGGGAGUCAUCUUCAAUGGGCUCAGCGAUUGGCUGUACGAAGGUGAGAUGACACUUUUAUUGGCUGAUGUGAAUAUUAUUGGUGUUCUUGGUGGUGGUCUAAUGGCGUGUCUGUCCCGUUGCAUUGUCGUCCCCAGAGAAUGCGGCACUUGAGUCAAAAUUAUUCUGUCAUAAAUCUUCAAAACAACAGAACUGUUAUUAAGGCUAGUCAGAGGUGCAGUAAACAAUUGAUUUAGAGUGAUACCAAAAUGUAGUUAAAAACAGGAAAAGCGGCCAAUUUUCUCCAGUUUCCCUGGGUUCUCACCACGGCUGUUCUACAUGAGUAAAUUAGCAUUAAUUCAGCAGAAUUAAUCUUCGCCGUCUGUUCUCCAUUCUGAUACAGAUGUCUCCCUGUCUGUUUUGACUCGACCGAUCCAAGCUCUGACUCCACCUCAGUGCCUCUGCCUCGUCCCCUGAGGAACAGACUGCCUCUCUGUGUUCAACUUUACUAAUUAAUUAAUUUCUUCCGCUCCUCGUGUGUUUGGCUCUCUGCUUCAAGGCUUCUCGCUUUUAAUAAGACAGAGACAGAAAGAGAGGGAGGAGUGUCAGGGAGGGCCUGGAUGGCUGUCUUUUAGUUAGGGCCUGGUGUAGUGCUCUUCAAUGGGUGGGGCGCAGUGGAGGCUCCUCAGAGGAGGAAGGGGAGGACCAUCCUCAGUGAAUUUCAUAAAAAUACAAAUGGUAAAACAUUAAAGUUCUCAUUUUUAGAUAAAACUAUACUAAAUAUAUUCACGUCACAAAAUAAUUGAUUAAAACACACUGUUUUGCAAUGAAGGUCUACAGUAGCCUCAACAGCACUCUGUAGGGUAGCACCAUGGUGUAGCCGGAGGACAGCUAGCUUCCGUCCUCCUCUGGGUACAUUGACUUCAAUACAAAACCUAGGAGGCUCUUGGUUCUCACCCCCUUCCAUAGACUUACACAGUAAUUAUGACAACUUCCGGAGGACGUGCGCCAACCUAUCAGAGCUCUUGCAGCAUGAACUGACAUGUUGUCCACCCAAUCAAAGGAUCAGAGAAUGAAUCUAGUACUGAAAGCAUAAGCUACAUCUAGCUAGCACUGCAGUGCAUAAAAUGUGGUGAGUAGUUGACUCAAAGAGAGGGAAAGACAAUAGUUGAACAGUUUUGAACAAAUUAAAGGAGAAGCAAGAGAGAGAGAUUUUGUUUUUAAAAAAUAACUUUCAGUUUCACAUAGCAAGCGAAUGCAGCUAGCUAGUUUAGUCUACUCAAAACAUCUGGCUCAAACAGAGGAAUGCUAUGUUAGCUAGCUGUCUAUGACUAUCCAACACAACACUGGAACUCUUCCAAGUCAAGGUAAGCUUUUGGUUGUAUUAAUUUAUUUCCACCGGGGCCCGCCGGUGUAACCGCCAUACUGCUUAGUGACUGUAACGUUACUGCAUGAUUGUAGGGGGUUUACUAACGCAUUAGUUCUAUUAGCUAUGUUGACUAGGACGUUACUUUAGCUAAUAUGGUGACAACAAUGUAGGCUGUGGGUAACGGUUGGGAUAUGGUUUGAAAAGGUUUUUUCGCCUGGUCACAUACUGCUGAUGUGUUGUGCAUUGAAGUCCACAAACGAAGGGAAAAGGUGAGUGAACUGUGUUUACGUGUGAUCAGGGGUGUAUUCAUUCCGCCGACUCUGUUGAAAAACGUUUCUUAAACGGAACGAAACGGGGAUAAACAUACCUGAAUUUGUCCAAUAGAAACUCUUGUUUGCAACUGUUGGACUAAUGAUUACACCCUAGAUCAGCUAGAUGCAGGCAAGGCGGUAUUGACUGUCGCUGUCUGUCCAUGUGUCACCUCAACAUUUUCUCUAACCUGUGUGCAGCGACCUUGUAAACUUUCAUUCAUAGGCUAGGUUGUAACAACCUCAUGAUGGGUGUAGGGAAAAUUUGAGUAUCACGUAGUAGCCUGAACCUAUCGAUGUUAUAUUGAACUGGGUGAAUGGAAUAUGAAUGACAGUCAUCCAAUAUGCUGUAAUAGAAAUAAGGCCAUGCUCAUAAAAAAAAAAAAAUAAGUGUCCUCCCUCAUCAUAAACUGCACUGACCGCCACUGGUGGGGCGGCACCUGCCAACCUUUCGCUAGGUCUCUCGUGACAUACUGCUAGUACACUGCUAGAUGUGAUUCUGGGUUUCAAGAGCAAUCGUAAACUGGCAACAAUAUUACAAAUGUUACCGUAUGAAAUUGUUUGUGGAGGCGUCACCGGCUGGAGCGCCCUUAUGUAUGUAUUUUAUAAAUUGUCAAAUAAAUGUAAUCAAUCAAGGCUGAUUUCUGUACGUGCAUGUGCGUGAUUGCGAUGGUCAUGUCUGCAUGUGUGUGUGUGUGCGUGCAAGGUUGCACGCAAUAAGUAUGCUCUCGUUUUUUACACUACCUCUGUGUUAACUGUUAAAGUGUGUAUGUAGCCUUUACAGUAUGUGUGUGUUGACACACCCCUACCCCCAGAUUAGUUUGACUGAGAUUUUAAGAUGAAGUGGAGCUCUUCCAACAGCAAUAUUAGUCUAAAUCCAUUGAAACUUUAGCCUGGCAAUUUACACUCAUCAUUUAUUAAGGAAGAUGAAUCUUUCAAUGGGACGGGAGGGAGUUGACCCUGAGUUUGACCUGCCCCACAACGUAGACCUGCCGCUCGUAUCAUGUCACUCAAUGGAGAUCUCUUUAUGACAGACUGCAGUCUUUCUGCAAUAACACAUUCAAUGUUUGUAUUGUGUGUUUGUGUGUGUGUGUGUGUUUAGUGGUGACAUAAGCCGUGAAUGGGAGAGAGAACUUGCCAGGUUGUGUAACAUCUGUUUAGCUCUGCACCAGAUGACAGCAUGGUCAAUCACAGUGUCAGGCAUGGGGAGGAAAGCUCUCCCUGGAGUAAACACUCCACGCUUGCAGUCUAAUUUUGUAGUAACCGUCUAAAACCCAGAUGAGAUUAUCAUUGUGUGUGUGUUGUACACUGACAGUCUUGCGUAAGGGGAGUCAGACAGACACCCAAGGCGAUUAUAGAACGCUUUGUCAUCAGUGGCCUGUUUGUCAGAUUAACUGACGUGGUGGAGCAGACAACAUCCUGAAAUAUGAUGUAGCCCAGGUAUAGAACCAGUACUGGAACAGACAACACCCUGAAAUAUCAUAUGGUCCAAGGAUAGAACCAGGAUAGAACCAGAACAGAGUCUGGCACUCUUGAUAGGAGCUGUUUGUGUAUGCCCCCCUGGAGUUUUGGCUGCUAUUGCACUUUUCACACACUGAGACGAUUUUGUUUGUGUUUGUUUACGGCGGUGUUCAUAUCGGCACUCCAGCUGAGUAUGACGCUUAUUUUCUGAAAGAUAUAGCGGUAAACAACUGUGUGUGUUAUAUCCUAUGUAUUCUCUCUGUAAGCAGGCAGUUCAGUUGAAUCUCGGUCUUGCUUCUACUGUCAUCCACCAGUGGGGCUUAGUUCUAACACGUAUCACCACUGCCCCCUAGUGGACGGGACUCGUCCUGCACCAUGUGUUCUUUGCCUCAAUUGUAAUUUCUCUGAAUCUCUCCUAGUCCUAUCACACCUUGUCUUCGUAAAAAUGUCUCAACACAGGAAGCACUACUCUUAUCAUAGCAUUUUUUUUGGAUCGGUUAAUGGUUGUUGAAUUGUGUCCUGGUAAUGAAAGAUAUGUCCUUCCUUCUCCUCCUCAUUAGUUUGGCCCACCUGAUUCUGUCACAUUACAUUCAUUAACUUCUAUUGCCCACCUGCCUCAGUAACAGGGUGGCUCAUGCAUAAGUAAUGUGUGUGUUAGGCAGUGAAUAAUUUAGACUCAGGAACAGCGAGUCUGUGAACCAGGUAGAAUGGAUGAGUGUGAGACUGCUGUAAUCAUAGCUAUGGAGAUAGAAACGGUUCAAAGAACAUGAAAACGAAGGCGGGUUCACACACACACAUUUUAAAUACAUUAUUUGAAUCCACAAAUCACAUUACAUCAAGAAGGUCUUGGAUACAUGGACACUGAAGGAUGCAAGGAUACACAUACACACAGGAGAUGUAGCGUUGUGUCACAGACCACUAAUUUCCUCCUCAAGCUAAAUGCAAUUAAUACACACGCACACACACACACACACAUACACACACACACGCACACAUACACACACACAUACACACACACACGCACACAUACACACACACACACACUUUAGCAGCUGGGUGGGGAUUGAUGCAGAAAAGAUUACAUACGUACAUUCAGUGUUUUUCUGCAUGUGUGCACGUGGGCGUGCCCGUGGGCGUGUGUGUCUUCACCUGGCACUGCAUAUCAAUAGAGCCCCCUCUGGGAUGUAAGUGUGUGUCCUGUCGUGCAUAUCAACCUGCAUCAUUUCAAACACACACGGGCUCUGUAGGGACGCACAGAGGUCACAGGUUUUUGAUUAAGUAAGCCAAGUACCAACAGCAUGCUUUCUGUGUGCCCCAGCAGCAGAAAAGGGGUUACAAACAAACACAAACACACAUACACACUCCAAUUUCCCUGCGUACACCACCCUACACUGUCGCACCUGACUGGGUAAUUACUUUUCCUGUUCCCUUUCCUGGUAUGGAUCUCGACUGGUGGUUGGUCGAUGUAACUCUCUUGUGAGAUUAAAAGCAGUGUUUUGAUUUAUGGCCGGAACAUACAGUACUCUUCAUUUUAGGGAUUUUAUGACAGCAUCGAGCCAAACUGACUGCAUUGCAAUUGAUGUUUGGGUCAGUAUUUAAUAUAACCAAUGUAUCUGACGCAGGUCUGCACUGGGUGUUGUAAUGUGGUUCCAUUGAAACACAUAUUAGGUUUCUGUAAGGGUUUCAUCAUCUUCAUUAUUACUGAAACUAAAGGACAUUUCUCUGGUUCUUUUCCAGAGGAGAUCUUCCAGACCCAUAUUGCCCACUGGUGGUCACCGGAUGGUGCCCGGCUAGCAUAUGCUACCAUCAACGACACCAUGGUGCCCAAGAUGGAGAUCCCCAUGUUCACAGGAACUACUUACCCUACUGGGAGGGAGUACCACUACCCUAAGGUUAGAACAGUAUGAUUACUAACCUAGUACUGACUGAAAACCACUACCCUAAAAGCCAAUUUAUGCUUGAUCCGAAAAUGUGGUCGGAGCCUUCAUAUGGAGGGUGUGACGCAAUUGCGGAGCCUCUGGAGGCAUGCAGAGGCCACAUCGAGCUCCGUACUGCAUCCCCGUGCACCUCUCACAUUUUGUAACAAUGGCUCCGUAGCUCCGCAUUGACAUGAUUGGCUGACAGUAGGUGGGGGCGGUACGUCCUGUAUAAACACAAACUCACUUCCUUGACAACUUCCUUCACAAUAGCUCUGCUCCCCUAAGCGCAAGAAGUAUGAAAGCCCUGACGUCUGCGGAGGCUGCGUCGCAGUAAAUGCUGUACGGCCAAUGCAGACGUCGGAUUGACCAUGCAGAACCUUUAAGGUUAGAACAGUAUGAUUACUAACAUAGUACUGACUGAAACCCACUACUCUAAGUGACGAAAGGGACUAGGGCUAGGAUGAAUGGGCUGACUGUAAGUUAGGGUCUGGACUGUUGCUGCCCCCAUGGUGCAUCGGUCAGAAUGCAAUGAGGAGAUGGAGAUGAGGAAUCCAGGGUUAGGGGUAUUUAUUAUACACAGUUGAACAACACAGAGGCACAAAACGUGCACGGGGGGGGGGGGGGGGGGGGGGGUUUAAGGAUGUGGUGGCUUUCUCAUAUCACACACAAAGGAAGGAAGGAAAAGGGCCGCCCCGUGGCAUCACCGAGCAAGAAGCAUUACUAGUGAAUAGGAAGGAGCACUGCUUCUGUGGGAAACAGAGGAGUGAAGGUAGAAGAGAGGUGAUUAGGGAGUGGGAACAGGUGUGGAAGGAAGGGGCGUGGCCUAGGGUAAUUGGAAGCAAUUGGAGUCCUGUAGGGGUGCGAUGACCCUUCACAACCCUAAGGUUAGAACAGUAUGAUUACUAACCUAGUACUGACUGAAAACAUGUACUCUACUGUGCAACACUACACUGCAGUAAAUUGUACCACCGCUCAAAGGUACGUUAUCAUUAAACACACAUAAAGGUAAAACAAACUAUCUUGGGAAAUGGGAAAAUAUACCAGCAUGGAGUUAAUUCUGUCUACAGGCUGUCCUCCUGAGGCAGAUGCACUUAAAAUGUCCAAUAAGAACAGUUAUUUUAUUGAUGGCAUUUGAACUCAUAUAGUCUCUCUGUCCUCUUUGCCUCCAUGCAGGCUGGGGAGGAGAACCCAGUCAUCUCUCUGUAUGUGGUCAACCUGAAUGGGCCCCUGCACACCAUCGAGAUGAGGAGGCCUGAGGACCAGAGGAUAGGGUACAUCACCCCUACACAAUACUACUCAACUGCUGAUAGUAUAAAGGCCUAAUACAUUUAACAGACACUCUUAUCUCCCGAGUGGCGCAGUGGUCUAAGGCACUGCAUCUCAGUGCUAGAGGCAUCACUACAGACCCUGGUUCGAGUCCAGGCUGUAUCACAAUCCGGCCUUACAGGAGCAGUUAGGAUUAAGUGCCUUACUCAAGGGCACAUCAACAGAUGUAUCACCUAGUCGGCUUGGGGAUUCGAACCAGCGACCUUUCGAUUUACUGGCCCAACACACUUAACCGCUAGGCUACCUGCCUCCCCACUACUACUACUACUACUACUACUACUACUACUAUAUAUAGCAUGGUUAUAUACCCUUAUGGCUUUCAAAGGGAUGAACUCUGUUACACAUGCAGUGUGUCAGCUGGACAUUCCUAGUCCUUUAUCCUAGAUUUUGUAUUUGCAUGAAUAAAUGUAGAGUCACAAUAACACUCUUGUUUCGGUUUGUGUUGGACAGAGAGGACUAUGUCACUAUGGUGAAAUGGGCGACUACCACCAAACUGGCAGUGAACUGGUUAAACAGAGCCCAGAACAUCUCCAUGCUCACGCUGUGUCAGGCCACUACUGGCAUCUGCACCAAGGUGUGUGUCUGUGUGUGUGUCUGUGCGUCUGUUUUUCAGCCCUCUUCAUUCGCUUUUCUUAUGCUUAUGAAUUACUUUUCUUUCAAAUUGUCUUUUUAGAAACAUGAGGACGAGAGCGAAAGUUGGCUUCACAGACAAGUAAGAAACAAACAUGAUUCAAGUACAAAUCUUGUCUUAGGGCUGUUAAAGGUAGACUCAGCGAAAUGCCGUCGCCGUCAUGCAGCACCGCAGAUAUUGCGAUGAGCGAGAUGCAAGACACUCUCACAGUCACACACAGUAUCUUUGCAUGGCCACGGGUUCGCUUCACGCUGUUCACUGGCCACGGGAACAAAACAGUGGAGAAGUUGAGCCUCACGCUUCAACGCUCUUAGUUGUUGCGGAAAUUGACCCACUAUGCUGUUUACUUUCUGCAUCCACGUCAUAUCGCGGAGUCUACCUUUAAUCUUAUAUAUCUUUUUAGUAGUGCUACAGAGUGGAAUGCCACUCCAUCAUUUCUAGAUAUGUUAGAAAUAUGUUUAUAUAUGUGUGUAUAUAUAUAUAUGUGUUCUAUGGCUGUUGUGCAGAAUGAGAAGCCGCUGUUCUCCAAAGACGGUCUGAAGUUGUUCUUCACCAGAGCCAUCCCACAGGGAGGCAGGGGCAAAUUCUUCCACAUCUCCAUGUCCAUCACACAGGUAAUGUACACUCCCCUUCUACACACUCUCUUCUGUGUUCUGUAUGAGGGCUUCCAUACGCUAGAAUUGCUGCCUACAGCAUAGCAUAGAUAACACCCACUUCCGUAAUAUCUUCCAGUAGCUCAGAAGUUAGUUCAACAAAGUGUGCACUCCUAAUGUGACAAGAAGACAUUGAGUCCAGUGAUUUUUAACAUGCAGUAUAUGUAUCUCCCUUCCCUCUCUCCCCCCUCUCCCUCUAUCUCCCCUUCCCUCUCUCCCCCCUCUCCCUCUAUCUCCCCUUCCCUCGCCCCUCUCCCCCUCCCCCUCCCUCUCCAGCCCAACACCAGCACAGACACGCUGCAGUCGAUCACAUCUGGAGACUGGGAUGUCACCCAGGUCCUAGCCUACAACGAGGACAGCCAGCUAAUGUGAGCUCCCAGACGCAGCUGGGCCACACACACACACAGACAUAUGCACUCACACGUAGUGUACACACAUUUAUGCUGUGAUUAUGACACAAACACCCACCCACAGAACCUAAAACAAACAAUUCAACAAACCUCUCUCUCCUCCCAAUCUCUCUCCCCCUCUCGCUCUCCCUCUCUCCCUCCUCUCUCUCUCCCCCUCCCCCUCUCCCUCUCUCUCCCCGUCUCUCUCUAUUCCUCUCCCUCUCUCUCUCCCCCUCGCUCUCUCCUCUCCCCCUCUCUCUCUCCCCCCCUCUCUCUCUAUUCCUCCUCCCUCUCUCCCUCUCUUCCUCUCUCCCUCUCUCCCUCUCUCCCUCUCCUCUCUCUCUCUCUCGCUCUCUCUCCUCUCUCCCUCUCUCUUCCUCUCUCUCCUCUCCUCACUCGCUCUCCUCUCUCUCCGCUCUCUCUCCUCCCUCUCUCCCCCCUUCUCUCUCUCCCCCUCCCCCCUCUCUCCCCCUCUCUCUCUCCCCUCACCCCUCCCCUCCUCUCUCUCUCUCUCAAUUAAAUUCAAUUUCAUUUCAAUUUAAGGGCUUUAUUGGCAUAGGAACAUUGCCAAAGCAAGUGAAAUAGAUAAUAAACAAAAGUGAAUAAACAAUAGAAUAUUAACAGUAAACAUUACACUCACACAAGUUCCAAAAGAAUAAAGACAUUUCAAAUAUUAUGUCUAUAUACAGUGUUAUAAUGAUGUGCAAAUAGUUAAAGUACAAAAAGGAAAAUAAAUAAACAUAAAUAUAGGUUGUAUUUACAAUGGUGUUUGUUCUUCACUGGUUGCCCUUUUCUUGUGGCAACAGGUCAUAAAUCUUGCUGCUGUGAUGGCACACUGUGGUAUUUCACCCAAUAGAUAUAGGAGUUUAUCCAAAUUGGAUUUGUUUUCGAAUUCUUUGUGGGUCUGUGUAAUCUGAGGGAAAUAUGUAACCAAAGCUAGCUCAGCUACAGCUCACCUACAAAAUAUACUUUGAAGAGUGAUCUUGUUUCUGUCAGAUUUGUUCCUGGCCUACUUUAGUAAAAAUAAAAAAUAUAAAAUCCUCUCUGCAUCUCUCUGACAUCAUAUUUAAUUGAUGUUACAUCCCUUCCAGUGGCAAGAUUACACUACUGUUGGAACUGUCGGUUUAUACCUCCCCGAGGCGACAUUUUCUGUUCAGCUGUACUGCUGGAAUCUUUACACUAGCCUACUUUCAAUCUCACUUUGUAGACUCCUUACAUUUGUGACUACUGCAAUGUUUCAAUUAUGUAAUGUUGCGUGCACCCAUGCAUUUGUUUUUUAAUGUAUUAGUUGAACAUACGUCCAACUUUAAAUGUUUAUUAUGUAUCUUGCAGAUACUUCUUGAGCACUGAGGAUGAUCCAAAGCGAAGGCACCUCUACAGGUAACACAUACAUAGCUCUGAAUAACUGUCCAUAAUGCUGUUCUCUUCUGUUGUGCCUAGCUCUGUUGCCCCCCCACCCAAAAGAGAUUGGUUUCUUUUCGUUUCACUUGGUUACAAUUUAGGUGCCUGUUGGCCUGCAUUCUUUGAGGGACUUUGCUCACCGUCUGAAUAAUAAUCUAGGAGAAAGACUUCAAGAUUCAAGUUUUAUUAGUCAUAUGUACAGGAUACACAUGGUCCAACAAAAUGCUUACUUACAGGUUCCUUCUCGACAACGCAACAACAAUAAGAAAUAAUAAAAUAUAAGAAUACGAACAUAAAGUAAAUGGCUCAGUAGAAUAGAAUACACAUUUUAGCAUAAGUAUAAUACAGGAAGGCACAAUUUAUAGAUCAAUAUUUAAAUGUUUUUGGGGGCAUUGGGGGGCAAGUAGACCAGCGGUUAAGUGCAUUGGGCUAGUAACUGAAAGGGGCCGGUUCAAAUCUCCAAGCUGACUAGGUAAAUAAUCUGUCCAUGUGCCCUUGAGCAAGGCACUUAACCCUAGUUGCUCCUGUAAGUCACUCUGGAUAAGAGCAUCUGCUAAAUGACCCCCCCCCCCCCCCCCCCCCCCAAAAAAAAAAAGGGGUUUGGCUGAGUGUCCUCUUGUUGUGUUUGUAGUGCGGACACGGUGGGCCCCUUCAACAGACGCUGUCUCUCCUGUGACUUCUACGAAAGCUGUGGCUACGUCAAAGGCUCCUUCAGCCACAACAUGAGCCUCUUCCUCCUCAGCUGCAAAGGUGGGAGACACCGGUUGGUCAGUUUGUCGAUGGGUUGGUUUGUCUGUCUCUCCCGAAGGGAAUCUAUUUUUUUUUUCAAUCAUAUGAACCUUUGGCCUCUCACUUCUGAGAGACGCACUAGUAAAGACACAAUGAAUUCAAUGCAUUUGUUGGUUACAGAUUAUAUUUGGUCACAAACACAAUCAUUUGUGCAGUGUAUUUAAACCUCUACAAUGCCUCUACCAGAACUCCUGCAUUAUUUCAACAUGGGGCUAUGGGUCCAAUAGCAGCAUCCCAAAGAUUGUCAUCCUCUCACUGAACUCCCUGGAACCACACAGGACAGCCGUGUUUACUGAGCCUGUCUCUACCUCGUUCACUUUUAAUCCCUCACUCCCCUCCUGCCCGCUUUCAUUUAUUUGACGGGAUUGUGAUAUGAUUACAGCGCUGUGAGAGAUUGCCUGGCCUACUUUGCAGACUCGGAGCCGCAAAUGUUUGUUUCUAGAAUGUUCCCAAUUUGCUAAGUGCAUCUAUCAUUUUAUUAUGUGUCCCUUCCUAGUGCAGCGCUGUGGUUUAGGAGACAGAGAGUGUUUCUACAGGGGCUUGUUUGUUUGGAAGCCAGCUCCUGAACACUGCAGAAGUUAUUUGGGUUGUGUUCAAUUAAUUGAAUAAGCUAACAAUAGCCUCCCCAACAAUAGCAAGGAGGUCUGGACAGCAUAUUUUGUGCUUGUAGAAAAACAUGUUAAAUAAAACAUUAUUUGUAGAGGCUUGAAUCUGUUCUCUGCAAGCAGAUAAUGUCAGGCUUUCAGACUUUAAUCAAUUAUGUUUUGAUGUUGUGUUUGAACUUCUUCAAUGGCUUAAACCAUGGGUUUGUGGUUUUGAAAGAAAAAUGCAACUUUGAGGCUGGACUAUAUUGUGUCUCAGUCUUCUAUUGUCAAGGUGCCAUUUAAAUGACAGAUUCUAAAGGACAGUUUAUUGAGUUCAAAUGAUUAGAUGAUACAUUUUUUGCAAGUCUUUUUGCAAGUCUAGAUGGAAAUUGAUAAUUAAAUAACCCUUUUCUGUUCUCUCGCUUCCCCUAGAACUGUGGACUGUGGGGAUACAUGUUGAACCAUGCAGUCACUUGUACAUAAUAAGGAGCCACAUAAUGUACUCAUAAACCUAGACAGAGACAGAGUAGUGUCAAAACAAACUAAUGGACACGUAUCUUGGUUUGAAUGCAAGAGGAAUGCCUGAUGUCCAUGUCUUUUUUGGUCAUCUUUGUUUCUGUUUUGGUCUUUCUCCAGGCCCUGAUGUCCCGUUUGUAGCAGUGUACAGCACACAGGACAGACAGAGUGAGUAUUCUAGUUAGGAUUCUGUUUGGAUUCUUUCAAAUGAAAAAUUGAUCAUCAGAUGAAAUCGGUCACACCCUGUUUAUCUCUCCAACACACCACACAUCCUCUAUCGAAACACACACACUAGCUCCAUUAUACUGAGAUCUGAUUUCUGACUUGCCAUGUAACUGUCAGGAAGCAUAUGAUACGUGCUAAGCCCUGAUUUAGCUGUCCCAGACACGUUUUUUGAGAUCGGAGACAAAAUCCCCAUGUUGUUGCCUACACUGGCCGCGCGGCUGUCACCGACGCUCGUUUAAUGUGAGCGGGUCAGAGACGCAAUCUGAGGGCUACCGAUCCCGUCUUUAAGCUGUCCGAGAUGUCACGAUAUAUUUAAACAUGUUUGAUUUUAUCGGCACAGAAUCUGCAAUGCUCUUGUAUUGUGAGAUGUGCAACGACACGUUUUGAGAACGGUGAUCAGCAAUAGCCAAUGAGAGCUCGCCAGUGAGAUGAUCACAUCACCCAGAAUGUGUAGACUCUGGAGCAGGAGCGAUGACUACUACUAGUAUGCAUUUGUACUUGCCUUUAACCAAAGCCCCAAAGUGUCAAAUUGUUAAAGCUCUAAAGUUCACCAGCAAUGUUAUUCAAUUCAAAAUGGUGGCUAGAUAUUUCAACUCUGUAUGGCAAGCGUGAAUGUCUGACUGAAAACUUAUGAGGCAGCUUUGAGCCACAGCUCGUUCUAGCGAUGUUAACAAUCUAAUCACAUCAUUGUUUUGGCGAGAGAAUGUGGCGAUAUGGAGAAUCCUCACGACCAAGUGAAUAAUCUUGUAGUGUGUGACCCCUGUAUGUGCCACAUCGUUUAGUGUGUGACCCCUGUAUGUGCCACAUCGUUUAGUGUGACCCCUGUAUGUGCCACAUCGUUUAGUGUGUGACCCCUGUAUGUGCCACAUCGUUUAGUGUGACCCCUGUAUGUGCCACAUCGUUUAGUGUGUGACCCCUGUAUGUGCCACAUCGUUUAGUGUGCGCACCACUACGUUGGAAAGACAAAAAACGACAUGAAAGAGGAUUUUGAAAGUUGUGUGGUGUACAGCCGGCAUUAGAGGGACACCAUGGGGGAGAUGAAAGACACAAACACACCUGUAGGACAUCCACUCCUCUCCAUGAAUAAACAUCACCCCGAAAUACAGUUCUUUAACACCGUAGAAAUUAAACAACUGUAUCUAUCUCUGUGUUUACAGACCACAGAAUUAAAGCCCUCCCCUCCAUCCCUGAUUCACAAAAUGACCACCCACAGCUGUGUGACCUCAUCAAACUGGGACAGCAUACUAAGACUUUGGCAGCACAACAAGGCCACCUCUGCUUUCUGCUGAGUCACUGUUUACAGCCUCAGCCCAGUCUGUUGGCAGCCAUACUGAUUACAUUACCUAGCUGGAUGGAUGUCCUCAUAACAACACGACCUUCACACUGUAAUGAAAGACUAUAAAUCAAAUUUUAUUUGUCACGUGCUGAAAUGCUUACUUACAAGCACUUAACCAACAAUGCAGUUCAAGAAAUAGAGUUAAGAAAAUAUUUACGAAAUAAACUAAAGUAAAAAAUAAAAUAAAAAGUAACACAAUAAAAUAACAAUAACGAGGCUAUAUACUGUGUUUGUUUACUGUUGAUUACAGCAUGUACACUUGGAGGAAUAGCCAUAACAAUGUGUACAAAGAGUACUGAAUAGCCUAUUCUGCAGUCAUAUUUUACAGCAUAUAGUAAAGUUUAGGGGCAAAGGGAAAAACUAAACUUUUGGCAGGAACUCUGCUUUCUAACUGGAAUCCUUAAAGUUGUUCUGAAAUUGGAAUUUAAGUGCUGUGGGGGGGAAUAACAACCUGGCUGCAUUUCCUGUGUUGUGUACUCUGAGGAGACCACACACAUAGACAAGGUCAAAGAGAAAUACCUCUUACAACCAGUCAGACAGACAGUCAGGAGAGAACUCUCUCCCUGACCAAAACACCCACUCGUUUUGUUACUAGUCCAAUCUCAAUCUAAGCAUGCCAAGAUAAGCCUCUUUAAGGCUCGUCUCGUGGUAGCCAGCCAUUCUGAAGUCUUCAUUGAUAUUUACAGCCUACAUUGCUGUUCUGUCUUUAUCACGGUGUGUCAGUGCAGGGAGGGAUGGAUGUCUCUGCAUUCUGGUCCUUUCCCUCUGUUCUCUUCUGCUAUGUCUCUUGCUGUAAGCAUGGUUUCAUCACAACUUCCAGCCCAACGUUCUGCCACAACACCCUUUGAACACACUACACUACGUGCCCUUAGACCAUGGUAGCCAUAGCAACCUUAGCCAUAGACUAAGGCCAUGAUGUUUGUCACUGCAGAGGUGUUUGACCUGGAGACCAAUGAGAAUCUGAGGAUGAGUCUGGACUCCAUGCAGAUGCCCCAAGUGGAAUACAAGGAGAUCACCAUGGAGGAUUACAGUAUGUUAUGUUCCGCUCUAACACUAAGGGAGAUUUCAACAGCAGAUCUGUCUUUUAAAGUCUAUUUUCUUCAGAUGAACAGAAAAUGAAGCUGAUGAACAAAUGAGAAUUGUGUAGUGGCAGUAUAAUCAUAUUGUUACACAUACUGAUCACUUUCUCAUGUUGUGUAGCACUAACGAUGCAGAUCCUCAAACCUGCCAGCUUUGUGGACUCAUCACACUAUCCUCUGCUUCUCCUCGUGUGAGUAUGCACACACACACACACACACACACACACACACACACAACUGCUCUAGUAUAAAACAUAUAGCUAUCCAUCUCCACAGUUUCUCAUCAGCUGUUGACACACAGAGGUCUUCACCUCCUCCGUGCCAUGUGAGGACAAGUUGCCUCAUCUGGAGAGAUAAUCACCCACCGACUCAGUGCUUUAAUCAGGGCUAUUCAUCUAAGGCGGCGACGUGGCAACUCUCUCUCCUUCACACUACCAGUAAUUACACUGCAAACAAGAAGGUCUCCAUCCCCCCUUUAAUUAACCCUCCUCUCCUGUCCUCCACUAUGACACCAUCUGACUCCAUGCCCUUGCCUAAAGGUUGGAGAAACAUACACUAGACUAGAUUCUUCAGUCACUGUUUCUAGUCUUUUCACCCUGGCUCACGUCUGGAUGAAGUGGCACUAAACUAUAAACUAAAUAGUUAAACUAUUAACUAUAACUAUAAAGACAAUGCGUCCUUUUCUCUAUCUUUGCUAUAUAUAGAGAGAGAGAGUGCAAAGCUGUCAUCAAGGCAAAUGGUGGCUGUUUGAAGAAUCUCAAAUAUAAAAUAUAUUUUGAUUUGUUUAACACUUUUUUGGUUACUACAUGAUUCCAUGUGUGUUAUUUCAUAGUUUUGAUGUCUUCACUAUUAUUCUACAAUGUAGAAAAUAGUAACAAUAAAGAAAAACCCUUGAAUGAGUAGGUGUCCUAAAACUUUUGACCGGUAGUGUAUAUAUGUGUAUAUAUAUAAAAUCACCUCCAGUUUAAACGGGACCAUGAGAGGUGUGUGUGUACAUGUGUAAUUAUUGAUUUUAAAGAGAGAGAGAGAGUGAGAGAAAGGUGAGUUAUAAUAAGGACUAAACAUGCCUCCUUCCCUCGUCACCAGCGACGGCACCCCCGGUGGUCAGAUGGUAUCAGAGCUGUUCCACAUGGACUGGGCCACGGUGCUGGUGAGCAGCUUCGGGGCCAUGGUGGUACGCUUCGAUGGGCGGGGUAGCGGCUUCCAGGGGACCAACCUGUUGCACCGCGUCCAGAGGAAGCUGGGGGUGUUUGAGGAGAGGGACCAGCUGGAGGCCCUCAGGUAAGUACCUUCAACUGCGGCCCGAUUCUCCACCCUUCUCCUAAGUGGUGCACUUGCAGUCAUGGAUUUAAAAGCAUUGGAUUGGUGUAAUAAUUGUCUGGAGGGAGUUUCCACCAUUGUUAAAUCCAUGAUGGUAAGUGUACAGCCUUGGACUUCUCUGUCACAAGACAGACUGCCCUAACACUGCCAUAUGAACUGAAGAGCAGCCAAUAGGCAGAGGUCUGGAUACAGUGGCUUGCGAAAAUAUUCACCCCCCUUGGCAUUUUUCUGAUUUUGUUGCCUUACAACCUGGAAUUUAAAUGGAUUUUGGGGGGGGUUGUAUCAUUUGAUUUACACAACAUGCCUACCACUUUGAAGAUGCAAAAUAUUUUUUUUUUGUGAAACAAACAAGAAAUAAGACAAAAAAACAGAACUUGAGCAUGCAUAACUAUUCACCCCAACCCCAAAGUCAAUACUUUGUAGAGCCACCUUUUGCAGCAAUUACAGCUGCAAGUCUCUUGGGGUAUGUCUCUAUAAGUUUGGCACAUCUAGCCACUGGGAUUUUUGCCCAUUCUUCAAGGCAAAACUGCUCCAGCCCCUUCAACUUGGAUGGGUUCUGCUGGUGUACAGCAAUCUUUAAGUCAUACCACAGAUUCUCAAUUGGAUUGAGAUCAGGGCUUUGACUAGGACAUUCCAAGACAUUUAAAUGUUUCCCCUUAAACCACUCAAGUGUUGCUUUAGUAGUAUACUUAGGGUCAUUGUCCUGCUGGAAGGUGAACCUCCGUCCCAGUCUCAAAUCUCUGGAAGACUGAAACGGGUUUCCCUCAAGAAUUUCCCUGUAUUUAGUGCCAUCCAUCAUUCCUUAAAUUCUGACCAGUUUUUCAGUCCCUGCCGAUGAAAAACAUCCCCACAGCAUGAUGCUGCCACCACCAUGCUUCACUGUGGGGAUGGUGUUCUCAGGGUGAUGAGAGGUGUUGGGUUUGCGCCAGACAUAGCGUUUUCCUUGAUGGCCAAAAAGCUCAAGUUUAGUCUCAUCUGACCAGAGUACCUUCUUCCAUAUGUUUGGGGAGUCUUCCACAUGCCUUUUGGCGAACACCAAACAUGUUUGCUUAUUUAUUUAUUUAAGCCAUGGCUUUUUUUCUGGCCACUCUUCCGUAAAGCCCAGCUCUGUGGAGUGUACGGCUUAAAGUGGUCCUAUGGACAGAUACUCCAAUCUCCGCUGUGGAGCUUUGCAGCUCCUUCAGGGUUAUCUUUGGUCUUUUUGUUGCCUCUCUGAUUAAUGCCCUCCUUGCCUGGUCCGUGAGUUUGGGUGGGCGGCCAUCUCUUGGCAGGUUUGUUGUGGUGCCAUAUUCUUUCCAUUUUUUAAUAAUGGAUUUAAUGGUGCUCCGUGGGAUGUUCAAAGUUUCUGAUAUUUUUUUAUAACCCAACCCUGAUCUGUACUUCUCCACAACUUUGUCCCUGACCUGUUUGGAGAGCUCCUUGGUCUUCAUUGUCCCGCUUGCUUGGUGGUGCCCCUUGCUUAGUGGUGUUGCAGACUCUGGGGCCUUUCAGAACAGGUGUAUAUACAGUGGGGGAAAAAAGUAUUUAGUCAGCCACCAAUUGUGCAAGUUCUCCCACUAAAAAAUAUGAGAGAGGCCUGUAAUUUUCAUCAUAGGUACACGUCAACUAUGACAGACAAAUUGAGGAAAAAAAAUCCAGAAAAUCACAUUGUAUGAUUUUUAAUGAAUUUAUUUGCAAAUUAUGGUGGAAAAUAAGUAUUUGGUCAUCUACAAACAAGCAAGAUUUCUGGCUCUCACAGACCUGUAACUUCUUCUUUAAGAGGCUCCUCUGUCCUCCACUCGUUACCUGAAUUAAUGGCACCUGUUUGAACUUGUUAUCAGUAUAAAAGACACCUGUCCACAACCUCAAACAGUCACACUCCAAACUCCACUAUGGCCAAGACCAAAGAGCUGUCAAAGGACACCAGAAACAAAAUUGUAGACCUGCACCAGGCUGGGAAGACUGAAUCUGCAAUAGGUAAGCAGCUUGGUUUGAAGAAAUCAACUGUGGGAGCAAUUAUUAGGAAAUGGAAGACAUACAAGACCACUGAUAAUCUCCCUCGAUCUGGGGCUCCACGCAAGAUCUCACCCCGUGGGGUCAAAAUGAUCACAAGAACGGUGAGCAAAAAUCCCAGAACCACACGGGGGGACCUAGUGAAUGACCUGCAGAGAGCUGGGACCAAAGUAACAAAGCCUACCAUCAGUAACACACUACGCCGCCAGGGACUCAAAUCCUGCAGUGCCAGACGUGUCCCCCUGCUUAAGCCAGUACAUGUCCAGGCCCGUCUGAAGUUUGCUAAAGUGCAUUUGGAUGAUCCAGAAGAGGAUUGGGAGAAUGUCAUAUGGUCAGAUGAAACCAAAAUAGUAAAAACUCAACUCGUCGUGUUUGGAGGACAAAGAAUGCUGAGUUGCAUCCAAAGAACACCAUACCUACUGUGAAGCAUGGGGGUGGAAACAUCGUGCUUUCUGCAAAGGGACCAGGACGACUGAUCCGUGUAAAGGAAAGAAUGAAUGGGGCCAGGUAUCGUGAGAUUUUGAGUGAAAACGUCCUUCCAUCAGCAAGGGCAUUGAAGAUGAAAACGUGGCUGGGUCUUUCAGCAUGACAAUGAUCCCAAACACACCCGCCCGGGCAACGAAGGAGUGGCUUCGUAAGAAGCAUUUCAAGGUCCUGGAGUGGCCUAGACAGUCUCCAGAUCUCAACCCCAUGAAAAUCUUGUGAGGGAGUUGAAAGUCCGUGUUGCCCAAGACAGACUGCCCUAACACUGCCAUAUGAACUGAAGAGCAGCCAAUAGGCAGAGGUCUGGAUACAGUGGCUUGCGAAAAUAUUCACCCCCCUUGUCAUUUUUCUGAUUUUGUUGCCUUACAACCUGGAAUUUAAAUGGAUUUUGGGGGGGGUUGUAUCAUUUGAUUUACACAACAUGCCUACCACUUUGAAGAUGCAAAAUAUUUUUUUUUUGUGAAACAAACAAGAAAUAAGACAAAAAAACAGAACUUUGAGCAUGCAUAACUAUUCACCCCAACCCCAAAGUCAAUACUUUGUAGAGCCACCUUUUGCAGCAAUUACAGCUGCAAGUCUCUUGGGGUAUGUCUCUAUAAGUUUGGCACAUCUAGCCACUGGGAUUUUUGCCCAUUCUUCAAGGCAAAACUGCUCCAGCCCCUUCAACUUGGAUGGGUUCUGCUGGUGUACAGCAAUCUUUAAGUCAUACCACAGAUUCUCAAUUGGAUUGAGAUCAGGGCUUUGACUAGGCCAUUCCAAGACAUUUAAAUGUUUCCCCUUAAACCACUCAAGUGUUGCUUUAGUAGUAUACUUAGGGUCAUUGUCCUGCUGGAAGGUGAACCUCCGUCCCAGUCUCAAAUCUCUGGAAGACUGAAACGGGUUUCCCUCAAGAAUUUCCCUGUAUUUAGUGCCAUCCAUCAUUCCUUAAAUUCUGACCAGUUUCCCAGUCCCUGCCGAUUAAAAACAUCCCCACAGCAUGAUGCUGCCACCACCAUGCUUCACUGUGGGGAUGGUGUUCUCAGGGUGAUGAGAGGUGUUGGGUUUGCGCCAGACAUAGCGUUUUCCUUGAUGGCCAAAAAGCUCAAGUUUAGUCUCAUCUGACCAGAGUACCUUCUUCCAUAUGUUUGGGGAGUCUUCCACAUGCCUUUUGGCGAACACCAAACAUGUUUGCUUAUUUAUUUCUUUAAGCCAUGGCUUUUUUCUGGCCACUCUUCCGUAAAGCCCAGCUCUGUGGAGUGUACGGCUUAGUGCCUUACAAACUCCACCCGCUGUGAGCUUGCAGCUCCAGGUAUCUUUGUCUUUUGUUGCCUCUAUAAUCCCCCUUGCCUGGUCCUUUUCCUCUUGGAGUUUGUUGUUGCAUUUCUUCCAUUUUUUAUAAUGGAUUGUAAUGGUGCUCCGUGGAUGUUCAAAUUUCGAUUUUUUUUAUAACCAACCUGAUCUGUACUUCUCACAACUUUUGUCCCUGACCUUGGAAGCUCCUUGGUCUCAUUGGCUUGCCCCUUGCUUAGUGGUGUUGCAGACUCUGGGCCUUUCAGAACAGGUGUAUAUAUACUGAGAUCAUGUGACAGAUCAUAUGACACUUAGAUUGCACAUAGGUGGACUUUAUUUAACUAAUUAUGUGACUUCUGACGGUAAUUGGUUGCACCAGAUCUUAUUUAGGGGCUUCAUAGCAAAGGGGGUGAAUACAUAUGCACGCACCACUUUUCUGUUAUUUAUUUUUUAGAAUUUUUGGGAAAAAAUUAUUUUUUUCAUUUCACUUCACCAAUUUGGACUAUUUUGUAUAAAUCCAAAUAAAAAUCCAUUUAAAUUACAGGUUGUAAUGCAACAAAAUAGGAAAAAAAUGCCAAGGGGGGUGAAUACUUUUGCAAGGCACUGUAUGUGUAGUGAUUUGACAUGUAGAAAGGAAGUAUAAGUUAUUCACACACUCUUAGGUAACUAACGUUUAGGCAGCUGUAGCUAUAGAGUGUGGGGCAAAAUUAUUUUAUUUUCUAAGUGUUAUGUUCCACCGGCCUGUACCUCGCCAAAUCCGUUUUUUCUCCUUUCUGUAUUACAGCCGGGUGCUAAUGAGCUAUGACAUGGACAGCUAGCUAAAUAACUGAGCUGAAACACUUGGAAGGGGUACUCAGUAAUCCAAAUCAAAUUUCUUCCAUUUUAGUAUAAUAUCUAAAGAGCCCUACGUUGACAAGACCAGGAUUGGCGCUUUCGGCAAAGUAAGAGACGUUUUCUCCUGAUAAUUAUGAUGUUAAUUAGUUGCAUGUAGUUACAUCUGAAUUGGAUAAUGUUCACUUGAACCCCUUGUAUUGUUCAGUAUCUAUCUGCCAACUCUGAUGUGCUAACCACCCUUGUUUUAAGUAUAGAAAUCACUAGGGAGGCGCUUUAAUCUUUGCUUAUUCAUAUCAACAUAUUGAGUGGUAUAUUAAGAUUGCUAGCUACACUCUUCAACUGAAGUGCAAGCUGUCAAUGCCAGCUACAGUGUUUAUGCCUACCCUGUGUGUUUUUUCUUAUGUACUGUAUUGCUGGAAUUGUGUGUUGAAAGUACAUUUGAAAAAGACAGAUCAGAUGUGUACUGCUAGCUCAACAUUUACCUUUGGACCAAAUAUAUAUAGUUUUAAUAGAUUCUGACACCUCUGAGAGGAUAUUCAUAAAGAGAAGAUGAAUUAUGUUGCCUCUGGCCAAGUCCAUACCUCCUCCUGGCUGCUGACGUACUAGAGAGUCCAGAAGGCCAAAAGUUAUUCUGAACUAAUCAUCCACAAUGGGAAACAUAAACUAUGGAGGAAUCUGCAACUUGCAGUUAUGCACAUGGGAUAUUUCAUAUUAUUCAUUAUCAGGGGCAUUGUCAACUAGCCUGGUCCCAGACCAUAGAAGUUGGCAAGACGGCACAAACAGAUCUGUGACCAGGCUAAUGAUCUACUACUCUUGGGUCUCCAAACUCAAUCUUUAAACUGAGCUUGAAAUGAACCCAACGGGUUUCUCUUUCUUUCUUUCUUUUUCUUUCUUUCUUUCUUUCUUUCUUUCUUUCUUUCUGUCUGUCUGUCUGUCUGUCUGUCUGUCUGUCUGUCUGUCUGUCUGUCUGUCUGUCUGUCUGUCUGUCUGUCUGUCUGUCUCUGUCUCUGUCUCUGUCUCUGUCUCUGUCUCUGUCUCUGUCUCUGUCUCUGUCUCUGUCUCUGUCUCUGUCUCUGUCUCUGUCUCUGUCUCUGUCUCUGUCUCUCAGGUGUAUGGAGGCUACGUGACCAGUCUGUUACUAAGCGCAGAGGAUUCCCCGGUGAAAUGUGGUGCAGCCCUCUCACCCAUCACAGACUUUGACCUAUACGGUAAGGUGUGUGUGUGCGUGCUCGCAUGUGUGUGUAAAGGCUUCUUAUCAACAUGAUGGUGAAGACACCCCUCUCAGGCCAACACUAUGGUGCCAGAGAGAGGUACCUAUGAGAGAGAGAGCAUGUGCUUUCCAAAGUUACAAGAGCAGUGAUACUUGGGAUGGAAGUGUGAAUGACAGCAGAAGCAGGUGAGGGGGUUUAUGACUGUUCAUCUCAGACUAUGGUUUCUCUCUGAAAAGAUGGAUGUGUUUGAGUGCUCACCUGACAAGAAUGAAUACUCAUCGUUAAGAAGUUUUAAAGUAAACCACAGCUGCACAUGACAUCGUCUGUAGUCUUUUCUGCUUCUUAUGGUGUAUUGAGGUAUAACGAGGUGUAUAUGUAAGAGGUAUACCAUGCUAAAUGAGAGUUAUUAGUGCUAGCAUUUACCCACCUUAUUUGUAUCCACUAUGUCCCUUGGUAGGAGCUAAUUAAUUGAUUCCUUUUGACAACCUCUCUUCCAGCAUCAGCUUUUUCAGAGAGAUACCUUGGAAUGCCCAAGCCUGACCCAAGAGCAUAUGCGGUAUGCCUUCUUUAUUCUUUAUUCAGCCUUCACUUGGACUUCAUGUAUGAGCUGUGUUUUUCUAUUGGCUCGUAAUUGAAUAUGAAUGUAAUAUAAUAUCAAUGUAAUACUGUAUAUCAUAUAAUAUAAUAAUAUCUAUGUAAUUUCUCUACAGAUGGCAAAUCUAGCACACAGGGCAUCACAGUUCCUAGACAAGAAGUUUCUGAUUGUUCAUCCAACAGCAGAUGGUAUGAGAUCCUUGAAACCUUUCUAGCCUAAUAAAAUGCUUUGUGUUUUUAACAAUAAGACGGUAUGUGUUGGUUUCCUUUUCUCUCACCAGAAAAAGUCCAUUUCCAGCACACAGCUAAAUUCAUCUCCCAGCUGAUCAAUGAAAAGGCAAACUACACUCUACAGGUGAGAGGUACUUCACAGAAUGACACGUAGAAAUGGGAUGUACAGAAUGGCUACCAUCAAUAAGGUGCACCAAUUUAACUGGAACACACAAGAUAAUGUGUCAUGGGAAGCACAUACACUAACUCUGCCUUGGUCAGCAUCCCGGAGUCGCCUCUUCACUGUUGACGUUGAGACUGGUGUUUUGCGGGUACUGUUUAAUGAAGCUGCCAGUUGAGGACCUGUGAGGCGUCUGUUUCUCAAACUAGACACUCUAAUAUAUUUGUCCUCUUGCUCAGUUGUGCACCGGGGCCUCCCACUCUUCUUUCUAUUCUGGUUAGAGCCAGUUUGCGCUGUUCUGUGAAGGGAGUAGUACACAGCGUUGUACGAGAUCUUCAGCCUUCAUUUCUCAGAACAAGAAUAGACUGACGAGUUUCAGAAGAAAGUUAUUUGUUUCUGGCCAUUUUGAUCCUGUAAUUGAACCCACAAUUGCUGAUGCUCCAGAUACUCAACUAGACUCAAGAAGGCCAGUUUUAUUGCUUCUUUAAUCAGCACAACAGUUUUCAGCUGUGCUAACAUAAUUGCAAAAGGGUUUUCUAAUGAUCAAUUAGCCAUUGGAACACAGGACUGAUGGUUGCUGAUAAUGGGCCUCUGUAUGCCAAUGUAGAUAUUCCAUUACAAAUCAGCCGUUUCCAGCUACAAUAGGCAUUUACAACAUUAACAAUGUCUACACUGUAUUUCUGAUCAAUUUGAUGUUAUUUUAAUGGACAUUGCUCAUUUGCUAAUCCAAAAUGCAUCCCGGUGAUUUGUAUGGGGGUAUAUUUUGGGCUGGAGUUCUGUAAUACCACACCAGUUGAGGGAUUAGACCUCACAAAGCACCCCCCCCAUCUCACUUAAUGAGAUUAUACUCCCCUCUUACUAGGCAUGCUUUAACAGGGUAAACUAAUCCCAUUAAGAUAUGGAGCAUUUAGAAGUCAGCGUUUAGGUCAUCGCUGCCUCAUAGGUCCCCUUAUAUGCUCUGCUGUGUGUUGACUGAGUAAGCCUCAUCAGUAAGUCAGCCACUGGUAGUUGUCUGAUACACUACAUGACCAAAAGUAUCUGGACACCUGCGAACAUCUCAUUCCAAAAUCAUGGGCAUUAAUAUGGAGUUGGUCCCCCUUUUGCUGCUAUAACAGCCUCCACUCUUCUGGGAAGGCUUUCCACUAGAUGUUGGAACAUUGCUGCGGGGACUUGCUUCCAUUCAGCCUCAAGAGCAUUAGUGAGGUCAGGCACUGAUGUUGGGCGAUUAGGCCUGGCUCGCAGUCGGCAUUCCAAUUCAUCCCAAAGGUGUUUAGUAGGGUUGAGGUCAGGGAUCUGUGCAGGCCAGUCAAGUUCUUCCACACAGAUCUCGACAAACCAUUUGUUUAUGGACCUCGCUUUGUGUACGGGGGCAUUGUCAUGCUGAAACAGGAAAGGGCCUUCCCCAAACUGUUGCCACAAAGUUGGAAGCACAAAAUCGUCUAGAAUGUAAUUGUAUGCUGUAGCGUUAAGAUUGCACUUCACUGGAACUAAGGGGCCUAGCCCGAACCAUGACAAACAGCCCCAGACCAUUAUUCCUCCUCCACCAAACUUUACAGUUGGCACUAUGAAUUGGGGCAGGUAGCAUUCUCCUGGCAUCCGCUAAACACAGAUUAGUCAGUCGGACUGCCAGAUGGUGAAGCGUGAUUCAUCACUCCAGAGAAUGCGUUUCCACUACUCCAGAUUCCAAUGGCGGCGAGCUUUACACCACUCCAGCCGACGCUUGGCAUUGCACAUGGUGAUCUUAGGCUUGUGUGCGGCUGCUUGGCCAUGGAAACCCAUUUCAUGAAGCUCUCGACAAACAGUUUUUGUGCUGACGUUGCUUCCAGAGGCAGUUUGGAACUCGGUAGUGAGUGUUGCAACCGAGGACAGACUAUUUUUACGCGCUGCGCUUGGCAGUCCCGUUCUGUGAGCUUGUGUGGCCUACCACUUCGCGGCUGAGUCGUUGUUGAUCCUAGAUGUUUCCACUUCACAAUAACAGCACUUACAGUUAACCGGGGCAGCUCUAGCAGGGCAGACAUUUUACGAACUGACUUGUUGGAAAGGUGGCAUCCUAUGAUGGUGCCACGUUGAAAGUCACUGAGCUCUUCAGUAAGGCCAUUCUACUGCCAAUGAUUGUCUAUGGAGAUUGCAUGGCAGUGUGCUCGAUUUUAUACACCUGUCAGCAACGGGUGUGACUGAAAUAGCCGAAUCCAUUAAUUUGAAGGGGUGUUCACAUACUUUUGUAUAUAUAUAGUGUACUUUGAAGGGGCUUGAUUGAUGAUGAUGAUGAUGAUAAUGAUGAUGACAUGUUUAUUAUAGCGUCUAUAUGAAGCUGCAUGUAUAUCCAGAGCAAUAUGAAUGGAUGUGUGGUGACCAGUGUGUUAUAUUCCCCCUCAGAUCUACCCAGACGAGGGCCAUUUCAUCCACAGCGAGGCCACACGGCAGCACCUCAGCCAGUCGCUGGUCAACUUCUUCGAGGAGUGUUUCCGGCUACCAGACAAGGUGUUCGAGGAGAGACUGGAGGAGGAGAUCGAGGAAGAGGGUUAGCCCAGAAAAAACCAACCCCCCAAACCAGAGCUCCAGUCCACGCCUAAGCACAAUGCCAGCCCCCAUACCUGGUUUCCACAAUCCACAUGAUAUGCAACCAUCUCUUGGUUUCAACCCUCUUUAGCUCAGUUUUCACCUUCUGGGAUUCCCCUGCAUUUCAGCAUGAUCAACCAUGAGACUGCCGCGUUGCAGAUCAACCCUGAGACUGCCACGUUGCAGAUGCUCACUUAACUCCUCAUCCUCUGUUUUUCUCCUCCUCCUCACCUUUUGAUUCAGCACGACUCCACAAGCGACCGUCGGCAGCCAUUUUUUUUACAUCGACACAAUGAAUACAACAUUACGAUGAAGGACCACUAGCUGACGUCAUAUCUGGAACGUGUUGAAAAGGCGGUCGUGCCAAUUAUUCUCCGGUCAGUCUAUGUUUAAAAGACAAGCUCCUUGGAUUCCAAACGACUGGUGAGAGGAAAGGAACAUCAAAAUCCACCCACAAACUUUACCAGUCAGUGAGGAGAGGGAAGACUCUAUAG